AUGGAUCACGUGCUGAACAUAUCGGAUCAGUAUGUCUUCACUCCGUAUGUUUACCCGGCCUCGUGGCCCGAGCACUGGGCUCUGCGACAGAUCGUCAGCCUGUGGGUAGUGACAACCGUGGGAGCUCUGCUGGUCUACCUGGGCUUCGGAGUGCUCAGCUUCUACUUGGUUUUCGACCAUAAACUCAUGAAACAUCCACAGUUUAUUCAGAAUCAGGUGCGGAAAGAGAUCCAGUUGGGAACUGUCUCCAUCUUCUGGAUGAGCUUUCCCACUGUGGCUCUGUUCUUUCUGGAGGUCAGGGGACACAGCAAACUUUAUGAUAACAUCAGUGAUUCUUCCCUCGGAUGGCCAGGUGUGUUUCUGAGCAUCGCAGGCUUCUUGUUCUUCACUGACAUGUGUAUCUACUGGAUACAUCGGUGGAUGCAUCAUAAAAGCAUUUACAAGUACUUACAUAAGCAGCAUCACAUAUUUAAGAUCCCCACACCGUUUGCCAGUCAUGCCUUUCACCCACUUGACGGCUUCCUGCAGAGCUUACCUUACCACCUCUACCCUUUCAUCUUCCCCCUCCACAAGGUGAUCUACCUUUCGCUCUUUGUCUUCGUCAACAUCUGGACUAUUUCCAUACAUGAUGGAGACUAUCGGCUCCCCGGCUUCCUGAUUUUCCUGAUCAACGGGGCAGCUCAUCACAUCGACCAUCACCUGUACUUCAACUAUAACUACGGACAAUACUUCACACUGUGGGAUCGCUUGGGAGGCUCCUACCGACACCCCUCAGCGCUGCUGGGAAAAGGGCCACACGACCACGUUCGGAAGCUUGCAGAGGCGUCACAGAGACACUGAUGGCGGAGUUACACUCAGGGCUUCCUGUCUGCAGUUUUACACACACCAGAGUCGAAGAUGUUACCUCGACUGUGAAGAACUGUUUUUAUUCAAGACAGAAUCGGAGACACCAGCUGCCUGUGUACCCUGUUCCUAGAAGAGGAUUGCGGAGGUCUCUAAGGUUAUGUGAUUAACAAUAGUGCCAAGAAUUAACAACGCCGAGACAAGACUUAAAAUACGCUAAAUAGA